GGCAUUUUCAUCCCAGACCCUGCAGGAGAUAGACAGCGAUAGAAGUCUCAGACCAGCUGAUCCAGGAUCCAGGACACAGGACCGUGCCAGGAUGCGUGUGAACCUGGUGGUGGUGUGUGUGGCCGCGGUGGCUCUCUCUCUCCCCGCUCUCUCAACAUGUAACCCACUAUAUGUGAUGUCGGCUCCUAACCUCCUGCGGGUGGGCAGUCCAGAGUUUGUGUUCGUGGAGGCCCAGGACUACAAGGAUCAUGGUCCACUACAAGUCCGAAUUAAGAUCAGCAAAUUAACCAACAAGGCUGACAUUAUUGCAGAGACAACUGUGUCCCUAACAAAAGCAGACAACUUCAGGAAAAUCGCAAAAAUCACUAUUCCCCCCAAAGACAUGGACAGCGCAGAACAAGAAUAUGUGUAUCUGAAAGCUUAUUUCCCAAACCACGUGUUGGAGAAAGUGGUUCUUCUGUCUUUCCAAAGUGGAUACAUAUUUCUACAAACAGACAAAACAAUAUACACACCUUCAUCCACUGUUCUCUAUCGGAUCUUUGCCCUCACUCCCGAUUUGAAGCCAACAGAAGCUUCUGUGCAAGUGGAUAUUAUGAAUCAAGAUGGGAUUUCAUUGUCUCAAGAGACUAUAUCCCUCAAGGAAGCAAAGGGAAUGUUAAGUCGAUCCUACACUAUUCCAGAACUUGUCAGUUUUGGGACCUGGUCCCUCAUGGCAAGAUUCAGUAACAUCCCACAGAAAAACUUCACUUCACAGUUUGAGAUUAAAGAAUAUGUUCUGCCAAGCUUUGAGGUCACAUUGGCUCCCAGGAAAAGCUUUUACUAUGUGAAUGAUGAUAAACUGGAGAUCGAUAUAAAGGCUCGGUAUUUGUUUGGCAAAGAAGUGACAGGAAUGGCUUUUGUGAUGUUUGGAGUGUUGAUCGAUGGUCAAAAGAGGAGCCUACCGCUUUCACUUCAGAGAGUUGAGAUCACAAAUGGGGAGGGCCAUGCUACUCUACGGAAAGAGCACAUUACCAAGGUCUUCCCUCAGAUGGCUGAGAUUGUCCAUUCAUCGAUAUAUGUGCAUGCCAGUGUGUUGACAGAAACAGGCAGUGAAAUGGUGGAGGCAGAAAAAAGAGGCAUUAUGAUUGUCACUUCUCCUUACACCAUUCAUUUCAAAAGGACGCCAAAAUACUUCAAGCCAGGGAUGCCAUUCAGUGUAACAGUCUUUGUAAGCAACCCUGAUGGUUCCCCCGCAGCGGGAAUUGACGUACUUUUCGAAACAGGGAAUGAGAGGAUGAAUGUGGCGACACGUCUUAACGGCAUCAGUGAACAUACCAUAAACACGGAAGCUAAGGCAACAUCACUGGCGAUUACGACAAAGACCAUGGACCCUACGCUGACAGAAGAAAGGCAGGCUUCCCGGACCUUGAUAGCGCAACCAUAUCAAGCUAGCGCUGGGUCCCAGAACUAUCUAGACAUUAAAGUUAAUUCACAACGUGUGAGUCUUGGAGACCAGAUCAAGGUGAACUUCAACUUUCGAGUGAAUUCCAUACAGGACCAUGAUAUCACUUACCUGAUCUUGAGCAAGGGGCAAAUUGUUGAAUCGAAAGGGAUCAAAAGACGAGGCCAGCCUUUACUAAUUCAGGACUUAACUGUGACCAAGGAGAUGGUCCCCUCCUUCCGCAUCGUGGCGUACUACCACGUGGGUUCCGAGGUGGUGUCUGACUCAGUCUGGGUGGAUGUGGAGAAAACCUGCAUGGGAAAGCUCAAGGUAGAAGUCAUUCCAAAAGAUACAAAAUACCAACCUAGAGGGAAACUUAGCCUGAAGAUCACUGGGGACCCAGGGGCCAAAGUGGGUCUGGUGGCCGUGGAUAAGGGAGUCUACGUUCUCAACAACAAGCACAGACUCACCCAGACCAAGAUCUGGGACACUGUUGAGAAACUCGAUAUCGCCUGCACUGCUGGCAGUGGUAAAGACAGUAUGGGGGUUUUCUAUGAUGCUGGACUGAUGUUUCAGACCAAUGCUGCAGGAGGAACCGCAGUCCGGCAAGCUCCCACCUGUCAGACCCAGGCUAAAAGGAGACGGCGGGCUGUCACUAUAAUGGAGGUCCAGACCACAGCAGCCAAAGAUUAUACCGGAGAGGAGAGGCAGUGUUGCGUUGACGGGAUGAAGAAGAACACACUGGGCUACUCCUGCGAGCGCCGAGUCGAGUUCAUCUUGGACGGUCCGGCGUGUGAAAAGGCCUUCCUGAAGUGCUGCAAGAUAAUGUCUGAACACCGUGAUGAGGAGAGGGAGGACAUCCUUCAGCUAGCUCGCAGUGAGGAGCAGGAGGACGACCUGAUGGAUGAGCUAAUUGAUGAAUUAACAUCACGUUCAAAAUUCCCUGAGAGUUGGCUUUGGAAGGAAGUGUCCUUUGACAAAUGUUCAAACGGAGACUGUGAGAUUACACAAGAUGAUUAUUUCCAGGACUCCAUAACGUCCUGGCAAUUGAGUGCUAUCAGCCUCUCUAACAAUGGGAUUUGUGUGUCAGACACCCUCAGUAUGGACAUCAAUAAGGACUUUUUCAUUGACUUGAAGUUGCCCUACUCUGCUGUGAGACAUGAGCAGAUUGAGAUCAGGGCCAUCAUCCACAACCACUUGGACGAAUCCAUCAAUGUACGAGUGGAGUGGUACGGUGUUAAAGGCGUGUGCAGUGUUGCAUUUGCAUCUGGCAAGAGCAGGACCACAGUACGUGUGGAUGAGAAGUCGACCUUUGCCGUGCCUUUUGUGAUUGUGCCAAUUGGUGAGCCAGGCACAUAUGACAUUAAGGUGAAGGCAAUAGCACAAACCUCUGGUGGUGGAUAUGUUGUUGAUGGAAUCGAGAAGAAAUUGCUGGUGGUGUCUGAAGGUGUUCGUCAGAAAGUUUUACAAAAAAUUGUGUUGGACCCAUCCAGCUCCACCAAUGGUGAAAGCCAGAUAAGUACAAUCUCUGCUACAGUGUCAAACGAAAAAGUACUGGGCAGCCCAGCAAAAACAUACAUCACAGUUCAAGGUGAUGACUUAGGUGUUACCAUUGAGAAGGCCAUCAGUGGAGAGUUCAUGGAGUCCUUAAUCCGACAGCCAGAUGGGUGUUCUGAACAGAAUAUGGCUCACACAACCAUGCCCGUCAUUGCAGUCCAUUACCUGGACAAAACCAAGCAGUGGGACAAAGUGGGUUUUGAUAAACGUGAUAAGGCUAUCAACUACAUUAAAAAAGGCAAGACUUGCUAUACAAAACAGGUUUCCGCACAUCGCAAAUCAGAUGGACAUUAUGCGGUAUACACCAACUCACGUCCUGGAACUUGGCUCACAGCUUACGUAGCUAAAGUCUUCUCCAUGGCCAAGGGCAUCAUCGUUGUUGACAACGAUGUGAUCUGCAGCGCCCUCAAGUGGCUGGCCUUGAACAGGCAGCAGCCAGAUGGCAUCUUCAUGGAAAAUGCUGUUCUUCGAUAUAUAGAUUACGGGGAUGUCUUUGGUGUGGAUUCGGAUGCUUCCAUGACCGCAUUUGUUCUGUUAGCCAUGCAGGAGGGCAACAGGAUAUGCGAUUCAGAUAGCAUUCGUGGAAGCAUGGUUAAGGCUUUGCAGUACUUGAGGGGCAGAAUUCAUAGACUGAACAAUCCUUAUGCUGUCGCCAUGGUGUCCUAUGCUCUGGUCAACGCAGAAGAAAAGAAAACGGACGAGAUCAUCAACAUUCUUGUCAAGUUCUCCCAUAAGGAUGGCACCCACUGGCCGGUCAGGGGAGACCGACUCCUCACCCUGGAGGCCACAGCCUACGCCCUGCUGGCCCUGGUGAAGACGAAGAAGUUUGAGAAGGCAGCACCCGUCGUGAAGUGGCUAAAUGAACAGAGAGGGUCUAUGGGAGGAUAUAAAACCACACAGCCCACCAUACUGGUGUUCCAGGCCAUAGCGGAGUACAGAAUCCACGCUGGAACCGCCCCAGGCAAAAACCUUACGGUUGAAAUCAGUGCAUCAGGGAGAAGUAGAUCAGUCACAUGGAGUUGGGGGACAGGAAAUCCGUUGCAAACCCGCUCAGGGUUUGAACUCAAUGAAGAAUUAACCAUCAAAGCCACAGGAAACGGCAAAGGGACUAUCUUUGUGGAGCACAUAUAUUAUGCUACAGCAAAAGAAAACCGUACGGAAUGUAAACAGUUCUCCCUGGAUGUGACCCUGACGAAAAAGGCCAAGGUUGAGGCCCAAGAAAGUUAUCAAGCCAAAGAGACAUAUCUACUCACCAUUGAUGUACAGUUUUUAUCAAAUAAGGACUCCACUAAGAUGCCCAUCCUGGAUGUCACCAUUCCAACUGGAUUUGAAGUAGAUACAGGAGACCUCUUCAAGCUGCAGGAAGGAAGAGACCGCUUCAUUCAGAAAUGGGAAAAAGACAAGAAGCUCUCAGAGAGAGGCUCCCUUAUCAUCUAUCUUCCUAAGAUCUCACAUCGACAACCAGACAGGAUUGCCUUUAAAUUGCACAAAGUCAUGGAUGUUGGUAUGAUACAGCCAGCAGCAGUUACUGUAUAUGAGUACUACGACCCUGACGUUCGUUGUGUGAAGUUCUACCCGACCGAGACUGCUGAACUCAAAAGACUGUGUGUCGGAGAUGUCUGUCAGUGUGCAGAGGGAAUGUGCAGCAAACAGAGGAAGACA